UUUAAUAUUGCGAUGAUUGUCCGUCUAUUUGUUUGUGGAUACAUAUAAAAAAAAAAAAUUUACAAAUACCUCUGUCGCCCUCUAUCGGAAAAACGCCCAGGUUUGUCACUGAUUAGUUUUGAUUGUUCACUGCUAGAUGGCAAUACAGGUGUUCCUAAGUUUUUUUUUUUACAUUUCCAAAAACAAAUAGGUGAACAAGUAUUGUAAUAUUAAAAUAUGAGUGAGAAUCAUUUUUGAGCCCUGACCUCUUAACUUUUUAAUUAUAAAAACAAAUGGCUCCAUGUAGUGGUGAACAGGCCGAACAAUUUUUCAUUGUAUUUAACACUUUAUAGUAACGUAUCGACAAGUCGGUAAAAAAAAACAAGAUAAAUGACGCCAUCUAGCAGUGAAAAAAGGAACUAUCGAGGACAAACUUGAGCGUUUUCCCGAUAGAGGCGCUGACCAUACUCCGAAGUUAGUUCGGUCUUUUCACUGCCAGAUGGCUAUUCACUCGAGCGAAAUUAAUUUGAAUUUUAAAAAUAAAUUAAACAUUUGUAGCACUCUUGAAUAAUUAAUUUAUAUUUCCAUAAUACAUAAACGAUAUUUAUGAAUUUUUUAUGCAUGCCAAUAAUUCUCUACAACCAGUCGGAAUUGCGACAGGAAAUACGAUGCCUAAAACGGUACGGUUUAAUCGAACUUUGAAUAUAACAAUGGCAAUGUUUCUACGAGCAAUACCAAUACGGUUAGUACAUUGCAGAAGGCAACUCGAAAGGAAUAACAAUUCGAAAUUACGUUUCAGUCUUAUAUUCGGGAUAAUAUAAUUUAUAAUAUAACAAUUCCCGAUACCAUACGUGUAUAUAUAGCGUAUUUUAAUGAAGCAUCAAACAUUUUAACGAAACAGCCAUGGAAUAAAGCAACACAUUAACCAAAGGAAAAUAAAAUACUUUUCCAUAUUAAGACCAACGGUAAAUAUGUUCGUAAUAAACAUGGGACAGGUCCUAAAAGGUAGAGAACCUUGUACAUUGUUUCCAAAACAUGUACACGUUCCUGAAAAUGACUCGUUACAUCGCCCAACGGAUCAGAACUCUUCGAACAGACAGAAAUUUCGCUGAGAAUAAAGUUUCAUCCAUCUCUUCUUACGUUUAACCGUAGUUUUUUAGUAGAUCCGGCCCUGGGUAGAUCUCACGCCCAAACUUUCGACCGAUCUUUUAGAAACAUCCUGUAAAAGGGGUUCGGUUCAUUCGGUGUGUUGAUUCUCUCUCGGUUGCAGCUCGCGGGGCCAAGGAUGCGCGUGUGUUUGUACGCGUUUUCAUGCACACGAGUAUCCGCUUUGCGCGUGCGUGCACGCGGCUCCGAUUGACGUGGACGUGUGCGUGUAUGUGUGUGUUUUGUGUAUCCGUGGGCGCCUGCGUGUGCGUGUACGUCCAUCAUGAGUCAGAGCACCCAUGGUCGGUUCGCGUUUCGUAAUUAAUUCUCCUCGUUGACGAGAGAAAUGCGAGUCUAGUCCCGGGACCAACACACCUGCACGUUCCCGGGCCGCGCUUGUCCUCAGAGGACAUGCUCGUUGUGCCCGGUAAAUCGCGCAUCUUUCAUCAUUCUUCACCUCCCGCUCGACUUUGCUCCGUUUUCGUACCCACCGUCUACGGUGCGUCCAAGUGUUUCGUGUGUGUCUCCUCGUCUUGUUUUUCUUGAAAAAAACACCUCCUCGCGUAUCUCUGGCUCUCUUCUUCCCCGGGACUCUCGUGUCUCCUCUUUCGUGCAGCAACACGGGAAAGGAUCGUACGCUCCGGUGUCUCGAUCAUCCGACGGACGCGGCUACGAAUGCUCCCCGUUGAGUUUACAGUAUCGCUCUCAGCGGCGAUCGAACUUUCACGGGAAAGAAUGGACUGUGAAUUCGUCGACGAUCUCGUUGAUCGUAGUCGCCUUUUAUUUGCCGCCCUCUCCAACGAGUAAAACGGGUCGAGUCAGAUUACUUAAGUUUCGGAGGAAAGGAAUAACAGAAGUAACAUGGAACACAACAGAAAUAGGCCUAGCAGGCCGCGCCUUCGCUCCCAUGGAAAUUCUGCCCGAGUUCUGGUAUUCGAUCAGACAGAAAGCGAGGAAUCUGCUUGCAGUGGCGAGGGAGAUGUGCAGAAGCAUCCCAUACUACCUAAAAUGGAAAGCAAGGAAGCUCCAGCUCGGCCUGCCAGUGGAGAACUAUCGAAUCUGGUUCGAAUGAGGAACUCUGCGAUAGGAAAGUCUGCACCUUCUUUAUCUGUCCAUGUGCGUGAUUUUAACAUUCCGCGGCGUGCUGCUAAAGCAGCUCAUCGUAAAUCUUUUAUCGCGACAACGUCGCCCACCUUACCGAGAUGUCACUCGCCGCUAUCAGCAUUCGUCCCGAUUGUAGGCAGUCCCCUAGAGAGUCCUAGGAUGUCAUCCAGUCCACAUUUUGCUUUUGCUCCAAUUAAAAGGAUCGGUGGAGGUGCCACAGGAACCGGUGAUGGCAGACGAUGGUCGGUUGCUAGCUUGCCAUCCAGUGGAUAUGGCACUACACCGGGUUCCAGUAAUGUUUCGUCACAGUACUCGAGCCAAGAACGCUUGCAUCAACUUCCAAAUGUUCCGACCAAGGACGAAUUGCGCAUGCUUUCUUGCCAUUUUUCUAAACCUGGCACACCAUGUUCUUCGCAUCCGGGAUUUCCAGGUUCAAGUAUCUCCAGUAUUCCAGGCAACGUGUCUCUCAGUCAUGACGAGGAUGGUCGUAGAUCGCCGUUACACAGACCACGCUCGCGAAGUUUAAGUAGUCCUAGCCGGUCACCCGUACUGGACAGUGAAAUUGUUAUGAUGAACACCCUUUAUAAAGAACGAUUUCCAAAGGCGACACAGCAGAUGGAAGAGCGUCUGACCAAUUUCAUCAACGAAAAUAAGGAGUUGGACGAGUUCGAAGUAGUGGCGAAUAUGACUCAGGACUCCUUGCCGAUUUUACGAUUCGUCCAUCAUCAAGUAAUCGAAAUGGCGAGAGACUGUUUGCAAAAAUCUCAGGAAAAAUUAAUCACGACUAGAUAUUUUUAUGAAAUGAGCGAAAAUUUGGAGCAUCUACUUAUGGAGACCAAAGAGAAAUCUCUCGAAGCUGCAACGAGACUAACGGGGCUUAUCAAAAAAUUAUUGUUAGUAAUAUCGCGUCCGGCUCGCCUUUUGGAGUGCUUAGAAUUUGAUCCGGAAGAAUUUUAUCAUCUAUUAGAACAAGCCGAAGGCCAAGCGAAAAUUAACGCGGGAAUAAAAACGGAUAUACCUCAGUAUAUCGUUAACAAGCUGUCUCUCAAUAGAGAUCCCAUAUCGGAAUUGCAAGAAGAUUUGAAUAAGCUAGAAGAUUCGGCUAGUUCGAGCGACAGUAACUUACAAAUUACUUCGAGUCCAAACAAAGACGACGAAAAAUCUCAGCGCGUUCCGUGUGAAAGUGAUUACGAGGUACUGAAGCUCAUAAGUAACGGCGCAUACGGUGCGGUGUUUUUGGUUAAGGAAAAGACCACGAGGCUAAGGUUCGCCAUGAAAAAGAUAAAUAAAAAUAAUCUGAUGCUGCGCAAUCAAGUGGAACAAGUUUUUGCUGAGAGGGACAUUAUGAGCUUUACCGAUAAUCCGUUUGUAGUUUCUAUGUACUGCAGUUUCGAAACAAAAAAACACUUGUGCUUGGUGAUGGAGUACGUAGAAGGUGGAGACUGUGCGAAUCUCUUAAAGAAUAUCGGUGCAUUGCCGCCGGAUAUGGCUAGGUUUUAUUUCGCGGAAACCGUCUUGGCUGUUGAAUAUUUGCAUAGCUACGGCAUCGUUCAUCGAGACUUAAAGCCCGACAAUUUACUGAUUACGGCCCUUGGUCACAUCAAACUGACAGACUUCGGUCUUAGUAAAAUGGGUCUUAUGUCUUUGGCGACGAAUCUUUACGAGGGAUAUAUCGACAGGGAUACGAGACAGUUUUCGGACAAACAGGUAUUCGGUACGCCCGAGUACAUCGCCCCUGAGGUAAUACUUCGUCAGGGUUAUGGGAAACCCGUUGAUUGGUGGUCUAUGGGCAUUAUACUGUAUCAAUUUUUGAUUGGCUGUGUACCAUUCUUCGGUGAUACUCCGGAAGAGUUAUUUGCUCAUACAGUCAAUGAUGAUAUCGAGUGGCCUGACGAUGAAGACUGGCCUGUCCAGCCGGAAGCUAAAGGUAUUAUAACGGCGUUGCUGCAGCAGAGUCCUAGAGAUCGAUUAGGAACCGGAGGAUCACAUGAAGUCAAAGAACAUCCGUAUUUCUUUGGAGUGAACUGGAACAGUUUACUCAGACAAAAGGCUGAGUUUGUGCCGCAAUUGAUCAACGACGAGGAUACAAGUUACUUCGACACUCGUAUGGAUAGAUAUAAUCACGACAUAGGCGAUGACACCGACGACACCGAUGACUCUCCAUUGUUCGGAUCGUUCUCUUCGUACUCUCCUCAAUCUCGAAAGAUCUCCCAAACUCGUCCACCGCAGAUAAAUCCAGAGUCAGAGUCGGACACCUCGAAGAAACAAUUAUUCUGCAACGAGCUCGAACGCAUGGUCGCGCAAUUGUCAAUGGGAUGCGGUAACUCGGCGGUCACGCCUCCAUCCAAGUUGAUCGAAUCGACUCCGUCGGAAAAGAAUCGGUCCUCUUCCUCCGCCAAGAGCAUUUCAAGCAUGGAGACUCCGCCUAAAAUGGACAAAUCGAACGCCUCAUUCACGAGCCCUGCCACGGCAACGAGCACCGAGUCGCAGUUGACGGUUAUCAAGAACACUCAGUUAGAAGGGACGUCGGUCAGCUUGAGCACACCCGACUCAUCUCAAACGGAGUCCGAGGACAUCAGUCCGCAGAUCCAGAGAAAGAGACACGUGCAUUCCCGCGACAAGCUGCCCAGGUUCAGUAUAUCCGUUGAUGAUGACCACAUGUUGGACCUGGUCGCGGCAAACAGGGAUACGACCGAGGAGAGCAAGCAUAAUUCCAGCACCGACUCCUUCGAAUCGUUUACGGCAAUGCCGGUGAUUCUAUCGUCUGCAAAACAAAAGUCACGUUCCGUAAUCAAGUCUGCGUCCACCAGUGGAUUGUCGUUGGUGAUACCGACCAGCGAGUUUUCUUACGACACAUCCUUGCAUACUCAACCAAUCGAGUCACCCGGUGGGUCAUCUACCGCUUCUUCGAGAGACACGUCGCCUUGCCGUGAAUUAAGUCCUCUUGUGACCAGCUUAAAACCCCCUAUCAUCAUCCGAAGGGGACCUUGCGGAUUUGGCUUCACUGUGCACACUAUCAGAGUUUACUACGGAGACAGCGAUUUUUACACGAUGCAUCACCUAGUUAUGGCCGUUGAUCAGUCUAGCCCAGCGUUCGAAGCUGGCUUGAGACCAGGCGAUCUCAUAACACAUAUAAACGGUGAACCAGUGCAGGGUUUAUAUCACAUACAAGUUCUUCAGUUAAUGUUGAGCGGUGUCGAUCGUGUAACUUUGCGCAGCACACCGUUGGAAAACACCAGCAUAAAAACGGGCGGACGGAAGAGAGAUCUUGCCCAAAGCAAAAUGGCGCGCAGAACGCUCCACAAGCAGCGUAAACAAAAGCGCGAUCAUUCCGAUAAGAAACGAAACACGUCCCUUUUCAAGAGACUUAGUUCCAAACGACACAGUGCGGAGAUACAGCAGCCAUUAACUAUCAGUUGUCCAUUGUCAGCACCCAUUCUAUCCAGCGACAGCAAACCUCCACUUAUGAUGGCUGCAGGACUUUGUUCACCGUCGAUGGUGACACCUAGUCGAUCCUUCCAGUCGUUCACGCGUUCCCAGGAAUCGUCGCCUUAUUUUACAACUUGCACAAAGUCCGUUUGCAGUCCGUCGCCGCCAACGAAUCGCGUUAGUUUGGACUCCUAUCACUCCACUGGCAAUUCAAGUCCCUGCUCCAGCCCGAACUCAUCGUCUCCUGGUUCAAACACGUCUGCGGCAAACUUGACAACUAUCUCGAACCAGUCCCAUUAUCAGAGACCUAGCACCCUUCAUGGUUUGAAGCACAAGUUGCACACGGCGGCAAAAAAUAUCCAUUCACCGAAUCGCAGAAAAUCUGUGGGGCAUAUACCGUUAUCCCCGUUGGCCAGGACUCCAAGCCCAUCGCCGCUUCCUGCUAGUCCAACCAGGAGUCCCAGUCCUCUAACGUUUCCUACAGGACAUCAGCCUGGCAGCUCCAAUACCACGCAGUCCUAUAGUCCAGGGGUCUGCUUGUCAACGCCAAACAACCAGAAGAAAGGCUACGGUCGGCCAAAGUCAGCGGAACCUGGUUCUCCGUUGCUGAGGAGAGCGCUCAGUCCAGACAGGCUUCACCCACGCUCCGCGGAGAACAAGACGUCGAUAUCGCCGUUGGCUAACACGCUGGUAAAAGUAACGCCUCGUGUAACUAUAGCCCAAUCGUCAUCUCAUUCGGAGACUUCCGAGGACAGCAGCGAUAGCUUCAAAGAGUCAAACGAUACCAAGGUCGAGAAGAAACCGCCAACUGAACAAAAAUCCGACUACUCGAAAUUAUCCCAUGCCAUAUCGAUCAACUUAGGGGCUGUGAGCAUGUCGAACUCGUGCGGUAGCACGCAGUUGCCGAGAAUAGCGGAGGAAAAGGACUCGCCAACCGGAACCAAGGGUGACGAUUAUUCAUCGAAGGAAAUUUCGAGCUCCGACAAGGACGAUAAAACUAACGCUUCUGCCAACAAGUUGUCAGAGCCAGAAGAAGCCGUCGACUGCGAUAAUCGUCGCAGUCACGAGUCGACGAAGGCAGACUUGUACGCAAGAAACUCGGAACCGCCUGUCAAUAAAAUUGAAGAAAGAGCUCAGUCCGAUAACUCGUUUAGUAUACACACUCGUAGCUCGCCGGCUACGUCUCACAAGCAAUCGCAGAGCAACGAAAAAGGCUUGCAAGCCUCGUUUCAGAGGGGAUUGUUGCAGAGUUGGGAAAAAUGCUCGCCAUCUUCCGCUCAAAAAACGUCGUUGCAGAGCACCGAGAAAGGCUCGCACUCGGCGAGUCAAAAGUCUCUAUCUCAAAACAGUGAAAAAGGUUUGCAGUCGUCGACUCAAAAACCUUCGUCGCUGAGUAGCGAGAAAGGUUCGCAAGCUUCGGCUCAAAAGCCUCCGUCGCAAAGCAACGAAAGAGUUUUGCAAGCUACGUCGCAGAAAUCGUCCCAAGUCAGCGAGAAAUACGUGCAAACUGCGUCGCAGAAGCUAGCUCAAGGCUUGGAGAAGGGAGCCGCGUCGCAUAAGUCAAACGAACAAAAGGCAGCUGGUAAAUGUUCAGAGGCUAAUCCAGAUGGUAGAAAGAUGUCGAAGAAACACAAAGUCGACAGCUUCGAGGGUACUGGCUGCUCGAACUCGUUCGAACCCGGUGGGUCAGGGAAGGAUAAGAAAAACAAUUAAACUAUGCCCGCGUGUUGAUCAUAUCCUUCUGCCAAUGACACAAUACGUCUUUUUUUUUUGUUUGUUUGUUUGUUUGUCUAAUCAUCGUCACAGUAUGAAUCAAAUUUCGCGAAACGCAAAUAGAAAGUUUAGCGUCUAUGCUCGAAUAAGAGCGAAAGAAAGGUAAAUCAAAAGCAAGACAGUUCUACGUAUACAGCUUUAUAAAGGGAGGCGGUUUGUACUCGAAUCAACUAUCUAUAUAGGCUUCCAGCGAAUAACCCUUUGAAGAAUAACUUCGGUUGGUGUUUCUGGAUAUCUACGAUUGGUAUUUAAGCCAUCCUGUAACUGUAAUCUUUGUCAUACGAUUAAUUUAAUACAAUGAAAUCAAGAUGAAAGUAGAGAAA